ACCAAUACCGGAAGUAAACAUUAACAUGUGGAAUGUUUCGUAUUAGGCUACAGUGGAGAGUAUCAUGUUAGGCUUCAUAUGAGUGGACAUCAGCAUUUCUAAUGAUAUAUAUCAGGUAUGGUAACUGAUUCAUAUUGACAAAGGCGUUUGAACAAGAAUACAUUGUAUAUACAUUUAAAAUGGCUGCGGAAGAGAGACCGGAACAACAGGUGUCUGAAAAUGAAAAAUCGUGUUGUCCACGAGAGCUGAUGAAAAGAUUCUAUCUUCUGCAGGAGGAGAGAGUACAAACCUACCAGCUGUUCGAAGAAGGAUUCAAGGCUUACCUAAGCGGAUCGCCAAACUACAACUUCAACUUGUACAGACAACUGGUACACGAAAUCACAGACACGUUCAACAAAAUAUCACAAGACAUCAUCUCAAUUAUACACCAACUUGAUACUGUUCACAAACGAGUCCCCCUUGCUAACCUGCUCCGCAAGGUACAGGAUGCUGAGCAGGUCAAACUGGAAAAUACGGCCAAGCUACAGAUGACGCGUCAGAACCUUGUAGAUCAUCCCACAGAGGAACAGCACAGAAUCCAGGACGCUCAGCUUAAACAAAG